CGCUUGCCAUGUGCUACUUAAUGAGACUAGAGUCGCUUCUUUGGUUCAACGGCAUACUACCGGGUGAUGGGGAGAUCGAUACUAUGCACUUGCAACUACGCAGCAAUUAGGACUGUCCUGCGGGCACUUCGUGUGGCAACUAGCACAAUCUCUAUUGUCAUCAAUUCCACCACUAGAUAUGAGCCAGCUCUCGGGGCGGUGUCGGUUCCUACAGUCGUAGGCGGGGUUAUAGGUGCCUUGCUUGUUGGCGUCUUACUUGGAUCAGGCAUUGUGUGGCUAUGUGGUCGGGGGAUACGUUACUCGAACAGGGGGGUGGACAAGGGUAGCAGUGAGACGGACAACGCCGAAGUAUCGACAAAUAUGGAAUUAGUAAGAUAGCGGUCCAUAUUGGAGUUGGAAGCGAGCGGUAUUCACGAACUACAAUGCGGGCAACACAAAGAGCAAUUGGGCAGUUCACAGCUUCCCCACACACCACCACCACCAUCACGAGCGACGCUUCGUAACGAGGCUUGCGUGACUGAUUGGGCAUAAUUUACACCUGCACCUAACACUCGAUAAUCUACUCGUAGUCAACUUGGCUGCCGUAAAUAAAAGUAAAUAAGCG